AUGUCGUACGCGGUCGCUAUAGCCAGUACUGCGUCCAUAAUCGCAACCGGACUUCUGCUGAUUUCCGUUGGAAGUAUCAUUUCGGAUUUGAACAACUUCCAACUUGAAAUUCACGAUGGAAUGACCGAUUUCAAGAUGAAGUCCGAUGAAACUUGGUCCAAGAUUCUUUCACUUCACACUAACCCAACAGGCGAGACGGCUGCGCCAUUGAACUUCAAGACUCUGUUCGGAAGACACAAACGUGACAACAGCCAGUGCAACUGUGGUACUCAGUCUCAAGGAUGCCCAGAUGGACCACCAGGACCACGUGGACCACCAGGAGCGCCGGGACUCCACGGAGUUCCAGGGCUUGACGGAAAGCCAGGACUUAACGGCGCCAACCUCGUUUACGUUCACCAAACCAAUGGUGAAUGCAUUCCAUGCAAGGCUGGAGAAACUGGACCACCAGGACCAGAUGGAGAGCCAGGACUUCGAGGACCAGACGGACCACCAGGACCAAACGGAAAGCCAGGAUCCCCAGGACCACCAGGACCAGUCGGACCAGAAGGAGAACCAGGAAAGCCAGGAAAUCCAGGAGUUCGCGGACCAGCAGGACAGCCAGGACCGAAGGGACUUCGUUACUCUGUUGGAGUUCCCGGAAAGCCAGGAACGCCAGGAACGCCAGGAAAGCCAGGACCACCAGGACCACCAGGAGAGCAAGGCCAUCCAGGACGUCUUGGUCAACCAGGAGAGCCAGGACCCGCUGGAAAUCCAGGUGUCGACGGACCACCAGGAGACGAUGGUGCUCCAGGAGCUCCAGGACCAGAUGGAGCCCCAGGAGAUGAUGCUGGAUACUGUCCAUGCCCAAGAAGAACUAUGUUCGAAGCCUAA